AAAAGAUUAUGAACAUAUGCUUUUAUAAAUGGAAGAGACUUAAGGUUGGGCUCCAACUUUAUUUACUUGUGGUAAUACCAGACCACAACUUUCAGUCUUUUGGCCACUUGCUCAGCCGGUUAUAUGGAGGCUACACAGGACACGAUGAUGUCACAGAGCAGGGCUUGGCCAGAAUGUCGCAGACGAGGAUUAACAGAACAGGACCUCUCUCCUUCCCUCCCUCCCUCCAUUCCUUCCGUCCAUCCCCUCUCGUUCAGUCAGUCGAAGCCGUAGAGAAACACUAAACGUCAUGUAGGACAGGAUCACCCCGCUCACGGGAGAGAGUUUAGUUGAUUUGGUUAAAUCUCAGGGGGUUCCAGAAUAGUCGCUACCACCUGAAAUCCAGGUGAGAACCGCAUUGGUUCCACCUCCCAGCGAAGCCUGAUGGAGGACAAAGAGGACCAGCUGGAUAGGGACCACACUCUGGUUGUGGUUCUGCCAGGGGGGCUGGAGAAGACCACGACAGUACAUGGAAGCAAGCCUGUGAUGGACCUGCUUGUCACACUGUGCGCCAGAUAUCACCUGAAUCCCUCAGAGCAUCACGUGGAUCUCCUCUCGCCCAAUAGCAACCAGAUCACGUUCAAACCGAACUCUCCCAUUGGGAGCCUGGAAGCCGAGAGAAUAGUCCUGAAGCCCAAGGAAAGCGAGGAGAAGGUCAAGAAGACCUAUAUUCCAGAGGCCACCGUACGCCUGUUGAUCAACUACAGGAAGUCUCACAAGACAGUGGUGCGGGUCAAUCCCAGAAUACCCCUGGAGGAUCUGCUGCCGGCCAUAUGCCAGAAGUGUGAGCUUGAUAUGGAGUCCACUAUUUUACUGAGAGACUCCAGUUCCCAAGAGCCCUUGGACCUGUCCCAGUCCUUAAACAGCCAUGACGUGAGGGAGCUGUUUGCCAAGGACACAGCAGCAGUCAGUCUCACAGAUGUUGCCCCAUCACCAACACAAGAAGCAGAUGUGGAAGACACGGACCUGCCAAAGAACAAAGACAAGACCCCGAAGAAAAAGAAGGAGAAAGAGAAAAAGGGAUUUUUCAGAUUAUUCAAGAGAAGGAAGAACAAAAGUGAAAAGGGGGCGUCGAUGAGCGCCCAGGUCUCGCCCGGUUUGAGCCAGCGGGCGGUGAACACGUUGGGCCACCACACCUCCAACACGCUGCCCCUGGACGCGCCCAAGAAGAGACGAGCCCCUCUGCCGCCCCUGGCCGCGUCCUGCAGCGUCCCUGCCAACCUCAACGGCAGCCUCCUGGGCUCUGGUCAGCCGGAGUCACCUGAGGGACAGGCCGCAGGACUGAGUCGUGUGUCCUCUACUGAGUCCUGCCUGAGGACCAAACGGAGGGCUCCCCCUCCUCCCGGGGGCACAUCCCACCACGCCGACGUCCCAGAAGAACCUGAGGCGUCCCUUUCCACAGCUGAAGAGCUGAGAGAACGUGAGGAGAUCUCUCCAGCUCCUGCUCUUUCCCACCCCAGGAAGCACGGCAACCACCCAGCCCCAGAUACUGACUCAUCUGUGGGGGAAGGGGAGCCCCCUGCCCCCCUCUCCCUCUCCCUGGCUGAGAUCCUGACCUCCUCCCUGGUCAACAGACCCUCCACCAGACCCUGUAGCCCUGCGGCUGGGUCCUCUAACGACGCCCUGCCAGCACAGCCUCAUCACGGUGUAGGUUUCACCCCCGCUGUCGGCAGCCCCGUCAUCCUCCGGGCCACGCCCGCAGGGGGGACCUGGAGGGGAGGCUUGACCACGUUCAGGGUGGUGCCUCGGGCCUCCUUUCUUAGGCAGAGGGCCCUGGAGCAGGAGUCUGAGACGGUGGCCUCAUGCGAGGACCCCCCCUGCGCCCUCUCCGCUGGCACUGCCAGGCCCCCAGACAGCCCUGCCAGGCCUCCAGACUGCCCUGCCAGGCCUCCAGACUGCCCUGCCAGGCCCCAAGACUGCCUGGCCUGUAGCCACGAGGGGCUGGGUUCUCCCAAUCCUAAGAGACCCGCGCCACAGUCCCAUGCUAAGCUCAGUCCUUCCACCAGUGGGAUAACUUCCUCUCCCCCCCACUCCCCCUCCUCUCCCACAGUCCUGUGCGGUUCUGAUACCCAGCCUGGUCCGGCCUGGGAAUCAGAGCGAGCGCUGGAGAGAAACGACAUCACAGAGACCCGCGAGCCCCCCACCCUGAGCCCGGGGUCGCCCAUCCUCACCCGUAACCAGGGAGACCCCGGCCACGACGUCUCCUCCACCUCAGAACAGGAGCCUGGCGACGGAACGUUCCGGAAGGCCUCUGAGGCGCCUCCGGACACGGGAGCGCUCCGUCACACACCAGAGGAGGACGAGGGGUACUGCUUCCCUCCUCCCCCUCCCCCCAUGUUCUUGGAGAUGGAGGGAGAGGGGGCCUUCUCCAGUCCUCCCUCUCCCUCAGCAAGGCCUUCCCUCUACGGAGCUGUUGAUGGACGUGGUGAGGGAGGCCUGGUCCCAGAGACAUCACCCCGACCCAGGAGGCCCUGCAUCUCCAAGCUGCUGAAGAGAACCGGGACAGUACCUUCCCGCUUCGCCCAGGCGGUGGCGCUAGCCGUGCAGAGAUCCCAGCCGAGGCCCCGCGAUCAAGGCCUGCACCCGGAGACGGAGCCCUGUGCCCCCUCCUGUGCCCCCUCCUCUGCCCCCUCCUCUACCCCCUCCUCCAACAUGGUGAGAGCCAGUCUGCCUCUGACGUAGCUACGAGACGAGUCAAGUCACGAUUCAUUUCUUCAUUGCUUUUAACGCUUGUUCACAUCCAUCUAAUGAGGCUCUCCAAAAUGGUUUAUUGUUCAGUUGGUUUUCAAGUGUAGAGCGAACUUUCCUCUUGUACUGAUGAGAUUCUCCAUUCCAAGCACCUUGUGGCGUCCUCGUUAGCAUUAGGUAAAGGAGUAUGACAACAUCCUGCUGUCAAUGAACCCAAUGGACCCCAGAGGAAGCCUAUACACAGGAAAGGUGGACUUUUGUAUAUUUGGGCUACACAUUCUGCAACAUCUUCCUCUCAUUCACCCGUGACUCAAUGUAUGGAGACAUGUGUCUUCUUAGACAGCCUGGUCUGUCUGGGCGAAACACAAAAACCUUUCAUGUUUGUCCCUUUGCCCGGCAAAGGGUUUGGGUGUGUGUGUGUGAAAUGUGAAUGUUGAUGACAAUUUAAAACUGGAUUUACAGUAUGUGGGACAUACACACAAACUGACACAGUCACACACACACACUCUGAACUUUCAGAGGAAGUUCAUGAUGUAAAUAUAUA